AUGCACUGUGGAAAGCCACAGGGAACUCUGCCCUGGAAAGCCAGGAGGUGGAAACUUCAAGUGCUGGAUUUGUGGGAUGUUGAUGAGAAUCUCUGGACUGUAUGAUCUGGAGCCAGGGCCCUCUCCUGCCCUGCAGAGGCCAUGAGUCAGAGGCAGACAGUAGAGGACUGUUCAAGGAUGGGAGAGCACCAGCCCUUGAAGGUGUUCAUAGACCUCUGCCUAAAGGAAAGUACACUGAAUGAAUGCCUGAGUUACCUCUGUGGGUGGAUGCACUACAGAAGAGGUCUAGUGCACCUGUGUUGUAAUAAGGUGCAGAAUUACUCAAUGCCAACUUCAAGUUUCAGAAAUUUAUUGCAAAGGAUAUACCCAGAGAGUAUCCAGGAGUUGGAAGUCUGGAAAAAGUCCUCUCUGAAUAAAACAGGAAAGUUUGCCCAUUACCUGAGCCAGAUGAGCAGUCUUUGCAAACUCUUUUUAGUCUUCGGUUAUGAGCGUGAGUUAUACAUGAGCAACCAAUGGCAGUUCAUUCCUGACUUGGACUCUCCAUUCCUCUGCCUGUCUUACCCCCAGAUGCUUUAUAUAAGAAAGGUCAGUAAUAUCAAAGAGCACCCAGAGCACCUGCUUAGGUACAUCAAGAACCUCUUGGGGGCUUUUACAUUCUGUCAUGCUUUCCUAACUGAUCAGGACAUGGAGUUUCUGUCUCAGUGCCCAAGCCUCAGUCAGCUAAAGGAGCUGCAUCUGAUUCAUAUCCUAAUGUGGACCACCAAUCUUGAGCCCCUUGGAACUCUGCUAGAGAAAGUUGCUGCUACUCUCGAGACCCUCGUCUUAGAGGACUGUCAGAUCCAGGAUCCCCGACUCAGGGUCCUCCUGCCUGCCCUGAGCUGCUUCUCCCAGCUCACCACCUUCUACUUUCAUGUAAAUGAGACCUCCAUGAAUGCUCUGAAAGACCUGCUGUGUCACACAGGCGGGCUGAGCAAGUUAGGCCUGGAGUUGUAUCCUGCCGCUCUGGAGUGUCUUGACAACAGGGGUCAUAUCAAUUGGGAGAUCCUCGCCCCAUUUCGGGCUGAGCUGAUGUGUACACUCGGGGAAAUCAGGCAGCCCAAGAGAACCUUCUUUUGUCCCGCCCCCUGCCCUUCCUGUGGUUCAUGGCCAUCUGAGAAACUGGACUUCCAUCUUUGCUCCUAG